AUGCAAUGUAUAGAAAGUACAAAAUCAUACUCCAGCAAUACAUCAUCAUCUGCACUAUUAGCCACCUUAUUAGGAGGCACUAGCAGCAACAACUCAAACUCAUCUAGUAGUACUACAGUGGAUUCCCACAACUCACACUCCUUUAGUGAGGAAUCCCAAGAAAUAACGGAGUGUGUUUGGAGACGCAGUGAAUUGACAGCCUUGGAAUUUGUUAUUUAUGCUUUUGUGGUGCCUUCGCUGGCAUUUUUUGGUUUAUGUGCCAACUUCAUAAAUGCCAUUGUCUUUAUGCGACCCAAAAUGACACCAUCAGCCUUUAGCUAUUUGGCUGCUUUGUCAUGGCUGGACUGUGUAUCGUGUAUGCUAAUAACAUUGACGGCCUUUUCGCGCAGUUUCCUUUAUUCGAGCACAUUUUGGAUGGCCUAUGAUUUUCAGUGGCAAACACCCUUGUUUGGUAUUACCACGGGAGCCGCAAAUCUCGUAUUGGCCUGUGUCAGUUUGGAUCGUUUUAUUUAUUUGCGCUGGGGCAUACCGAAUGGCACACCUAAGUUUUGCAGACGCUUUGUGGCUAGAAGAAUGAUAUUGGCUGUGAUUUUAUUGGCCAUUGUGGUAAAUGUGCCGUAUUUCUGUGUGUUUGUUGUCAAUGAUGAUGGCACAUUUGAGACAACGGAAUUUUAUUUUUCCAAAUAUUAUAUGAUCCACAAUUGGUUCACAUUUAUUUUGCUUACCUUAUUGCCGGCUAUAUUUUUAAUGGUGGGUAAUGCGGCCAUUUUAAUAGCAUUUUGCAAAUGGACUAAACAAAGUAAAAAGUGCCAAAGUAAAUAUCCCUCUAACUCAAACAGCAAAAAUGCCCAAAAUCGUUAUAAGGUAAAUAAAACCAAAUAUAUUUUUAUAAAACAAUUAAUAAUUUGUAAAUUUGUUUACUUUCAGCAUCAAAUGAAACUAACCGUUACCAUUAUCAUUGUUAUAACCCUAUACCUAGUGGGUGAGUUACCAGCCCAUUUAACCUCGCGUAAAAGCGCCGUUAAUUUACUGUACGGCGGCGAUGUUUCCAAAGUGGAUUUCAAAACCAUGCAUCGUUUAGAAGUCAUAUGCAUAACAUUAAAUGCCAUACAACUUAGCAUGAACAUAAUAGUUUAUGCUGUGAUAAAUCCAUCCUUUGUGCCAGAAUUUUUCAACUGUCUGAAAGGCGCCUCCGAUGUAUGCUUUCGUUUUAUGGGCUUUAUGCUAGUAGCCAAUUGUUGGCAUAAAUGUUGCAAUACCAAAGCCAAGAAAAAGAAACAUAAAAACUCAGAAUGUGCUAAUAAUAAUUCAGAAAAUAAUGAAGGUAAUAAUGACCAUGGUGGGCACAGCAUAAGUGAUGCUCGUUGGCCUGACAAUGGACAGGAUGAAAGUACGCUGGAUGUGACCAGUAAUGGAAAGACUGUGAAACAGGAGUUGGAAAUUUCAGUUAUAUGUAUAUCCCAUCUAAAGCAAUCGUUUGAUAAUCCCUCAUUUAAUUUAGAAAUAGAAUAA